AUGAUACAUUUCCCUAUAACUGCUCCAAAAUCAGCCCCAAAAACUCCAAAGCUACGGCCUCUCCAUUUGAGUAUGAAUCAGACCUUAAACCCAUCUAUACACCAUACGCGGCGGCUAAGUGAUAUCAUCACGGACAGAGAAACUUCCAGGCUACUUGAUGCUCCUAUUGCAAUUACAUUUGACCCUUCUCAGUUUAAAAUUGACGAAAAAUCUGAAAUCAACACUCAGCUGCGGCUUUUUAAAACAAAUUUUGACAAGCAUCGUCUUCAUGGCUCAAAGCGGUCAAAUUUGCUUCUAGGACUGAAAAAAGAGCUUGAAUCUUUAGAACAAGGAGAAAGGAAAAAACUCAAUUUUAUGAAACAAAGCGAAAAUCGGAUAGAAAAUCUUGAAAAAAGUAUAGAAGCUGCAUUGGUUUCACAGAAAGAAGAAAAUGAAAACAAAGAAAUAUGCUUUUUUGCCUUGAGUGGCGCGGUACGGGCGCCACUUCGGCAAGCUCCUUCUUCCAGUUGGUUCGGCCAACUCAGGUUGGUUCGGCCAACUAGAAUUGACAAGUCUCCCCCAAGAGGCCUCACUUGUCAAUUCUCCAGUUGGCCGAACCAACCUGAGUUGGCUCGGCCAACUGGAAGAAGGAGCUUGCCGAAGUGGGCGCCCAUACCGCGCCACUCAAGGCAAAAAGCUAUAUAUAUUCAUAUAUUGAAGAGAAUGAAAGAAAAUAGGGUUCAUCUAGAAAUGAAAUAUCUGAAGCUAAACCACAGCUUAAACAACCAAAUUUCAGUAGUUUUUAGCGAAAUUUCUAGAGUUGACCAUUCAAAAGAGUCCCAAUCUAAAAGCUACUAUGCGUGAAAACAGUUUAAAUAUAUUGUGGAUAGAGACCAAAAAGAAAGAAGUUUACAGAUGAAUAAGCUUGAAAGAGGAAUACAGACAGCACAAGCUGGGGUAGCAAGAAAAGAUGAAUGAAAACAAAGAAGAGCGGAUAUGCUAGAAAGAGCAAUUAUAGAGGACAGAAGCCAAAGAGAUGAAAGGCUGAGAGAAUCUUUGAUGGUCCAAAGAUUGUGGCACAAUUAUAUUAUACCUAUUUGCAGUAAACAUAAGAAUUUUUUUGUAGAAAAUGAUAGAAAAUUGAUAUUUUCAUUGUAAAAGGCAUAAUCAAAGAUUUGAAAAUGAGCGUCAAAAUUCAAGCAUUUAUGAAAAUGCUUAUCAGAGAAUAAAAAUUUCUACUGGACUACAAGAAAUUGGAUCUAUUGUAGGCAAUUUUUUAACAAAAGAGCAAACUUAUAAAGAGCUUAUGAACGCAGUUAAGGUAAAAGAAGCUGAAUGCAAUGUCUAUAGACGAAAAAUAGACGAAAUGCAAGAUUUCGUAACAAAUUUUGCUAUACAGAACUCAGAAAUUCCUGCUAACCUAGUAGAUGUUAAAGGAGAAAUCCACAAUAAAAGAAAAGAUGUGAUUGAACUCCAAGCCAAAAAAGUGGAUCUACAAAUAAAAAAAAUAAAAAUCCAGACCUGGCUAAACAGGCUUUCAAAUAAAAUAAAUGCCCUCACCAACGCAAACAUAGAAUCUACUGACAACAAAACUGUAAAAAUUUCUGAAAUUAUGGAAAAAAUAAAAGACCAAGUUAACCUUAUAUUAAGCCUUAACAGAAAAGAAGCCCUUGAAACCCUGUUAGAAAGCAGAAAAAAGAGCUUAUCAAGCAUCAUCAAUAAGAUUCCAAAGGAAAAUCUGCAUGCUUCAGAAGACCAAAAUGGCGAAUUAGCUUCGACUGAUUUAAUUGGAAACGAAAUGUAA